GCAUAGCCACUCGUGACAACAGGGUGGUAAUUAAUGGUUUCAUUGCAGUUGUAGUUGCAAGUGUUUCAUUUGCCUUUUGUUGGUUCUGCUGCGCCCUACAUACUGCUGCAGUCCUUUGGUAAACGUGACGUGGGUGCACGUUGAACACGGUAUCCAAGGAUACGAUUUGGUCCAAGCUGUAAAGCGUGUAGUGGAUAAAACUAUCGGCAAGCAACCAGCAUGGGUAAAUCGUCGCAAAUUGCCAUGGAUCCCGAUAGCAGCAGUGAUCGCAUAACAGCUCGAGUUGGAUCGCGCACGAAGAAAGCAAAAAUUGUAUUUGACCCCUCUGAUCAUCAUGUGCCGCGAAAGCGCAACCGUCGCGGUGAGAACGAUUCAGCAUCAACGGGAACAGCUAAAUUAGAACCAAGUCGGACCACAACACCGUUAUCAUCUUCCUCUACCGAAGGUACAAACUACAAUAGUCAUACACCAGCGACCAGUUCAACAGUCCCAGCAGUAACAGUUGGCCAUCGUGGCACCGCGUCGGGGACAUUGUGCCGUCUUUGUCAAAAAUGUGGCCGCAAUGGGCCAGGACGAAUGCCUCGAAAAACACCUCUAACACCCUGGACAUGUUCUGCGUGUCUCUUUCCCAAAACGGACAGUAAAGCAGCUGGUAACAAGCAAGGGCACCCGAAAAGUCACACGAAAUCGGUCAGGGAUCGAACAGCGGAAGAAUUCGAUAAUAUCAAUGACGAAGAGAAAGAAGAAGAAGAACAAGAAGAGGACGAAGAGGACGAUGAGGAGGAAGAGGAAGAAGAAGACAAUAAGCAGCAGCAUGAUUUUGCCGGAUUCAGCGAGACGGAGCUCUGUGGCCAUGGGAAUGUAAACGAUGCUAAGCCAGACGAAAGAAUAUACGUUCCGAUAAAACCUGACCCAAAUGCGGAUAGUGACGGUGACGUAGCCGAUACCAUCGCGCCCAGUAAAUCCAAUAAAUCAGCAAUAAAAACGGACCAUAGUAACGAUGACGAGGGAGAUGAAUCGGCCAAAGACAUACGAUACUGGUCUUGCGAUGAUGUAUGUCGAUUCUUCAGCAGACAUUGUAGAGCGUGGGGUGAUCUAUUCCACGAACAGGAAAUUGAUGGCGCGUCUUUGCUUUUAAUGCGGAAGGGUGAUGUACUGUCGAGAUUUGGGCUUAAGCUCGGACCGGCAAUGGAACUCUAUCAACGUAUUGUGGCUCUACAGAAUGGAGACAGGGAUAUAGUCGAUGUUCGAUUGACUUGGAUAUAACAUCGAAAAAUAGUACGAUAAGAUGCCGUAUCACGCUUUCACGUAUCGGAAGGUUCGCGUUUGUGUACACCGUGUUUUACAAGUGCAUGCAAUGAGAUUGUUUUAAAUACCACGUAAAUGGUGAGUGAGAUGCUUAGUAUAAGCUAUAGAUAUACAUUUAAUAUUACAAUAAAACAAUAAAUACAAACGGUACGGUGCCUGAAA